AUGAAGGUUAACUUCGCUCCGGUUAACGUUCCCUUGAGGAAGAGGCUCCAGACGGCCGUCGUGCUGCAGUGGGUCUUCUCCUUCCUUGCUCUGGCUCCAUGCUGCAUCGUGCUCUUUUUCUACCUUCUCUUCUCUCGGUUCUGGUUGGUCAGUGUGCUCUACACCAUCUGGUGGUUUGUGGACUGGGACACGCCUUCUCAUGGCGGGAGGAAAGUUCCCUUCCUGUGCCGCCUCCCUGUGUGGCACUACAUGAGGGACUAUUUCCCCAUCCAGUUGGUGAAAACAGUGGAUUUGGAUCCUCGGCAGAACUACGUGAUGGGCUUCCACCCUCACGGUAUCCUGGUGGCCGGAGCGUUCACUAAUUUCUGCACACAGGCAACGGGAUUCGAGCAGCUCUUCCCAGGCCUGAGGAGUUACAUGCUCAUGUUGCCUCUGUGGUUCAGAGCUCCUUUCUUCAGAGACUACAUCAUGUGCGCAGGUCUAGUCCCCUCUGAUAAGGACAGUGCGAGUUACCUGCUGCGUAACGAAGGGGGUGGGAAUGCCGUUGUCAUUGCGGUGGGUGGAGCUCUAGAGGCUCUGGAUGCUCACCCAGGAACUCAUAUUGUCCUUCUGGCCAAUAAGAAAGGCUUCAUCAAACUUGCAAUGGAGCAUGGUGCUAGCCUGGUUCCUGUGUAUUCGUUUGGAGAGAACGAAGUAUUCAAUCAGGUGUCCAACCCCCAAGGCACCUGGUUACGGUGGAUACAGGACCGCCUGCAAGGCAUCAUGGGAGUUUCUCUUCCUCUCUUUCAUGCUCGAGGUGUUUUCCAGUACAGCUUUGGCCUCAUGCCUUACAGGAAGCCCAUCAACACCGUGGUUGGUAAACCAAUCAGAGUGCAGAAAAAUGAGAAGCCUUCCAUGGAGGAGCUGGAUGCUCUGCACGAGCUCUACAUGGAUGAACUCACGCAGCUGUUUGAGGAGCACAAGGGGAAAUAUGGUGUACCUGAGGACACACAGCUGGUCUUCAUCUGA